GAUAAGGAGCCCGACUGCGAACAACAGCGCUAUGCCGGCAAAUGCAGCACCCAGCUGUUUCAAGGCCUCCACACCUGCAUGGCAUCAUGCGCCUUGUGUCCUGCUCUGGAGCUGGCGGUUCGAACCUCCCUCAACCUCACCUCGCAGCAACUGGAGAUCCAAAUUACGGCAACGACCAACUCCGCAACCCCAACCAAAUCCACGACCUCUACAACCAAACCCAACGCCGCCAACGACGAUGCCGGCUGCUUCGACGCAGCCGAUGCGUGUGACCAGUGGGCCCGCAGUGACCCACGGGUCUGCCAGCGCCUGCUGGCCGGGCAGGACCUGCAGCGCUGGUGGUGGGUGGCGGUAGCGUGCAGGCGCACGUGCGGGCUGUGCGGUGAGGACGGCAGCAGCAGCACUCCUACCACCACAGCUGCCGCAUCCUCAUCUGAACUCCGCAAGAAGGAGGAGGAGGAGGAGCAGAAUGAGGGCGGAGCGAAGGCAGCAGCAGCGGAGGAGGGGGGUGGAGGGGCAGCAGGCGUCCCUAUGUUGGACGCGGGGAUCCGGGCGCGGGUGCAUGUGCAGGUUGGGGAGGGUGCGGACGGCUCUCCGCGUGUGGCGGUGUUUGAGGAGGUGCCCCCGCAGCCGGGGGCGUGUGUGGAUAAGCAGGCCGGGUGCCGUGAGUGGGCUGCGGGUGGCGAGUGCGGCGGCAAUCCGGGCUUCAUGUCCGCCGCCUGCCCCGCCGCCUGCCACACCUGCCCGCAGAGGGUCAACCUGCCGCACCCCCUGGCGCGGGUGCGGCUGAGCAACGGUGUCCUGAUGCCGGCGGUGGGGUACGGGUGCGCGGGGCUGGGUGAGGCCACCCGCACCACGGUGGGCUGGGCGCUGCGGGCGGGGUACCGCCACCUGGACAGCGCGCAGGCCCGCGAGUGGUACCGGGAGGACCUGGUGGGGGAGGCUAUGUGGGACUUCAUAGCAGCAGCGGGGGCAGGGGGAGGAGGAGCCGUGCGGAGAGAGGACAUCUUUGUCACCUCCAAGCUGCACCCCCGCCACCUGGGCUACGAAACCACCCUGCGCCAGUUCAACGAGUCGCUCAAGGACCUGCGCUCCCCCUACGUGGACCUCUUCCUGCUGCACUACGCCGAGUGCUGGGGCGGUCUGUGCGGCGGGGCGGUGCCGGCGGGGGACUUCCUGGACAGCUGGCGGGCGCUGGAGGAGCUGUACGGCAGGGGGCUGGUGCGGGCAAUUGGUGUGAGCAACUUCUCACCCGAGCAGCUGAAACGCUUGCUGGCAGCCGCCCGAGUACGGCCUGCCGUACUGCAAACACACGUGGACCCCCUGGAGCCGGCGGUUGACCUGCAGACGCUUUGCCGUACAGAGGGCAUCACCCUCACCGCGUACAGCACCCUAGGCACGCAGUACGGCGGUGGAGGGGGCGGCGGGAAUCCUGUUUUAGGGCACCCUGUGUUGAAGGCGGUGGGGGCUGAGGCGGGAGGACGCAGUGCGGCCGCGGUGUCGCUGCGUUGGGCGCUGCAGCAAGGUUUGGUGGUGCUGCCUCGGUCGUCGAAUGAGGGCAGGAUCCGGGAUAAUUUGAAACUGUUUGACUGGGAGCUGUCGGAGGCGCAGAUGCGGCGGCUUGUGGGGCUGCGACCCAUGAAGGAGGGGGAGACGUAAGGUAGGGGAUGUGUAGCUGUUGCCGUGAUCACUGCGGAACAGGUGCUUGGUGAUUACCUGUUAAGUGGAACAGUAUACCAUGAUAAAGGGUCUCGGGCGAUAUUUGACGUUUAACGGGCUUUCCUUGUGCUUCUGGCGUGCCGAGUUAGGUGGGUAGCUUCGCAGCAUACAUGCGCAUGCUUGGGCAUGUUGAGGACGAUACGAAUUUGUACAUGGCAUCAUUAUGACCUGUAAUGGAUGCAAAAGUCCUAAGGAAGGCUGUAGGGCGCCACAGGGCCUUGUCCCUGCUGCCUUGCCGUAGGGAGGACAAGCUUUAUUAAUUGGGUGGUGUGCGCGAGAGGCUGAUUGGCUUAGUGUAGCGCCAUACUUGCAACUAUGGCUUGUCGUGUUGAAGCCGAUCGCACUUUGCAAGUCAAGCCGGUGGUUAGGGUUGGUAGUAGUACGGAGCGACCUUCGAGACGGCAGCCCGGGCUAAGCAAAUACUGGAUCAUAUGCUCGCAAGCUAUCUCUACCACAUAUCUGUUCUUCAUUAACCUAUCAUUCUAUUGAGUCUUCCCGCUCCAUCGUCCUUUACCAUGGCGGGUGUUGGCAAAACUGCGAACACAUCCGGGCAAGAACUGGAUCCGGGGCAGCUAGCAAGAGACCCCGAGAAGAUAAAAAUCUUAAUGAGGCGGGACCCCAAAUUCAUCACGCGCAUGAUUGCGCAACUUGACAAAAGCAUGCACAAUUUCAUGCUACAAAAGCAUAAGCGCAAGGAAGAGAUGGAAGCCGCUCAGAGAGAGAUCGACCAAAUUAACGAGACGAUACAAUCACACAUCACACCCAACCUGGAUCGAUUAAAAGUGUCCAUCAAGUCUAAACGGGAGCUCCGAGACCACCUAACAAAGCAGAUCGACGUAGAAAUGGGCAAUGUUCGCAAUCUGGAAGCGGAGGCGCGGGCACUCAUCCAGAAAACCCGGCACACAGCCGGGAAGAUUGUGCGCACGACGGCAGUCCAGCGGUUAGAGGAGGCUCGCGGCUUCAGCGUUACAACACCCACCACCAAACUGCUCAAGGGAGGUCCACCUAGCGGCACCAGCGGCAGUGCCGCCACCGCUGGUGCCACCUCCGCCAGCACCGCCGUCGCCAGUGCCGCCGCCGCAAAGGGAGCCCCCACCGGACCCGGCGGCGCCGCCACUGGCAGCAGCGGCGCUAACGCUGGCGUCCCCGGUGCCUCUGGAGCGAGCAUUACGCUAGGUGCCAGCGCUGCAAGCGGCGCAACCGGUACCGCCGCCGCCGGCGGCGCCGCGCCCGGGACUACCGGCAGCAGCGCCAGUGCCGCCGGGAAAGGAGGCGCCGCAGCCCCCAAGCCAGCAAGUCCCAAGCAGCCCCCCAAGCCGGCCAGCCCUAAACCUGCUGCGCCCAAGCCGGCCAGCCCCGCUAAAGCAGGCAGUGCCGCCGCGGCUGCCAAGCCGGCAAGUCCCAAGCGAGGGGCGUCGUGAGGGUGGAGCCGCAGCACCCCGGCGUGUAAAGCUGGCAGCGAGUGGAGGACGCAUGCUGGCAUGCAGGGUUGGGGGCUGGAUGGCUGGAUGGCCUAGGAUGUAUGGGGUUAGGCAUGAGUUAUAGGCACGGUGUUACAGCAUGAGGCACGACUAAGGAACGAGGAGCGAACCUCUGGUCUAGCGAACGCAUGAGAGGCAGGAUAGGGGUAGAGACGUGCAUGAGCGGGUAGCGGGUAGCUAGGUAGGAGGACAUGGAGCCAAGCAUGUGGCGUAGGGGGGGAGAGUAGUGGCGCCAUGCAAUGGGGGCGCAUGUUAUACCAGGAGGACUGCAUGUCGGCCGUCCCUGCAGCUUUAGCUGUUAGGGGUUCCUUGGUCUUGAGCGAACGCGCCGGCAUUUCGUCUUUAAUGCACGGCCUUAAAAGCUGGACAUAUCAGGGUGUGAUCCUCACACGCAAUGGUAAAUGUGGGUCAAGCUCCUGGGCGCCCGGAGGCAUUUGUAA